AAUCAGUCAAAGUGGUCAAGGUCGUCGAGCGUCAUCGAGGUGAUCGAGGUAGCAGACCGUAGCGCGUUGUAGUAGAGUGGUACUAUAUGGCAGAUGCUGGCUACGAAGGGUUUACGUUUUGGGGGAGUGGUAGUAGUAGUGUGAGGAGCGACUUAGUAGAACGUGUUUGUGCAAGUUAGUGCUCAUAUUUUGUUCCUAUAAAUCUUGCCAAUGUCUGCAGACGAUAGACUUAAAGUAGUCGCCCGGCAUCUGGGUGUUGGGAAGAAUGUUUUUCAUACAUCGAUUGCAAUGCAGUUGUGCUCUUCUGAAAACAAGACCUCAGAUACAGCUCAAGGGGGCGUAGUGCUUCCACAGAUUGGGCCAUCAAGCGACGCUCGGAAACCACGAAGAAGUAAACCGGUUAAGAGUGUUAUUCCUAAGAACAGGCAGGAGUUGCUAAAAUGGAAUGGUUGGGGAUACAAGGAUUCAAAGUUUGUUGUGGAAAAUGGGAUAGUUAGUUUCACAGGAAAUCGGUAUGCCAUUGGCAAUCUGUCUCUUCCUUACUUUACUGAGUGGGUCUUGGAAAAAUUUGAUGUUGAUCUGAAUUCUGGAAAAAUUGCUGACCCUGUGCCUAAACAAGAUAAUUUCCCAUCACCCAUUGUGGACGCAGGUUUUCUGGAUGAGUUGCAUUGCCUGCAAAUAUCAUUUUCUUUGGAUGGUGUUGAUCGCUUGAUACGGUCACAUGGACACACUUUACACGACAUCUUUAUCCUGAGAGAGGGAACAUUUGAACGGAUACCAGACAUAGUUGCAUGGCCAGAAUCUCAUGAUGCGGUUGUAAAUCUGGUACAGCUUGCUGAGAAGCACGACAUAGUUAUUAUUCCUUUUGGUGGGGGUACCAGCGUGUCGAAAGCAGUGUCUUGUCCCCGUGAAGAGACUCGCACUAUUCUGUCCUUGGACACUUCACAAAUGAAUCGUAUUUUGUGGCUGGAUCAAGAAAACUUGGUCGCAUGUUGUGAGGCUGGGAUUGUUGGCCAAGAUUUGGAGCGAGAGCUGGGUCAGCAAGGAUUUACUUCUGGACAUGAACCUGAUUCCUAUGAGUUUUCAAGCUUGGGUGGCUGGGUUGCCACACGGGCAUCCGGAAUGAAAAAGAAUGUGUAUGGCAACAUUGAGGACCUUCUUGUACAUGUACGCAUGGUGACUCCUUCUGGGGUUCUGGAGAAAAGCUGCCAAGUGCCCAGAAUGUCAUGUGGUCCAGAUUUCAAUCACGUAAUUCUUGGAUCGGAAGGAACACUGGGAGUGAUUACAGAAGUGAUAAUCAAGGUGCGUCCAUUGCCACAGUGCAAAAAAUAUGGAUCUAUUGCAUUUCCAAACUUUGAAUCAGGGCUACUGAGCAUGCGCGAGGUCGCAAAACAGAGAUGUCAACCAGCGUCUAUCAGGCUCAUGGACAAUGAGCAGUUCAAGUUUGGGCAGUCACUGCGACCUGUGCCGGGCUAUUUUGGUCUCUUGCUGGAUGGUCUCAAGAAGAUAUACAUCACCAAGAUAAAGGGAUUUGAUGUAAACCAGAUGUGUGUGACCACUUUGGUAUUUGAAGGUGAUCCAAAGGAUGUUGAACAUCAGGAAAAGAAGAUUUAUGAUAUUGCAGCACAAUAUGGUGGAAUUCCAGCGGGAGAAGCAAAUGGAGAACGAGGCUACAUGCUUACAUUUGUGAUUGCCUAUAUUCGAGAUUUGGCCAUGGAAUAUAAUAUUGUUGGAGAAUCAUUUGAAACUUCAGUUUCAUGGGAUCGUACACUGUCAUUGUGCAACAACGUUAAACAUCGGUUAAAAAAGGAAUGUGAAGCUGCUGGCAUCCGACACUUCAUGAUCUCUUGUCGAGUGACUCAAACAUAUGAUGUGGGUAGUUGUGUAUACUUCUAUUUUGGAUUCAAGUGGAAUGGCGUUGGUAACCCUGUUACUACUUAUGAGCAUCUGGAAGAGUUAGCUCGUGAUGAGAUAUUGGCUUCAGGAGGUAGUCUUUCACAUCAUCAUGGUGUUGGUAAAUUGAGGAUGAGGUGGUUCCCAUCUCAGGUAUCAAAAUUAGGGGUCGAACUCUAUCGAGCUACAAAAAGGCAGCUUGAUCCUAAAAACAUUUUUGCGAAUGGAAAUAUAAGUAAACAGAAUUUGUGAUUUUGCAUUUAUUGCAAUUGCCUGCAAAGAUGCUAGUUACUGGUAGUAAGAAGUUAAUGGCUAGUCAUUAAUUGAGCAGCAGAAUUUGCAGCUGAUGUUUCUUGAAGAAUAAAGCAUGAAAUUGCUGUAAUCACGUUAACUAUAAUAAACUGUUAUUUCUGCAUUUAAUUUGUUCUUAUCCAUCAGAUAUAUUUUGUAUUAUUUUCAUUGCUUUGCAAGCAACAAGACAUGCAGUGUUGUAACAGGCAUAGGAGAAUUAAAAAUUCUCUUUUGUGAUUGUAGUACAAUAGUAUUGGGAAUAUAUAAUUUAUGAAAAAUUGUUUAUAUUACAUCAUUCAUUGUCAAUUUCUAAUAUAAGAAAAAAAAAUGGUAGACAACUGUUAUGACAAAAGAAACGUGAACAAUGUUCUUGUUAUCAAGAUAUCAGCAACCCUGGACAUCAAUAAUCAGUGUUUUCAUUGUUGCAUAAUAUGCAUAUUGACUUGUUCUCAUGUAUCAUUGUUAUAUGUGAUGAGAAUUAGCGCUUAGCAGUAUUGUGGCACGAUAAACAUGGAGAAUAUGAAAGAUGGGUUUUCAUACAUUUUCAUAUAUUAAUAGAUUGUUGAAACUUCAUUUAUUAUUAUUAUUAUUAUUAUUAUUAUUAUUAUUUCAUGGCUGUAUUAGCGAUUGGUUUGUGACUGAUGGAGAAUGUAGAACAGAUUGGGGGGUUGAUCUUACAAAGCACGUUGUUUACUGUAUGCACCUAUUUAAUAUAAAAAAAUUGCAUUUGCCAACAGAAUAUAUAGGGUCUACCAAAAAGGAUUUAUUUUUUACAUGAUAGGCACCAGUGAGUUGUGUAUUUUGAAAGUCAAUUGGAAAGAACUUUCUAGAUUAUAAUGUGGGAAUGAUUAAGAAAUAUACAUCAUUCUAUAUGUAGUGGAGGUUGGUGGAGCAGUACGUGGUGUCUUAUGGCACAAAGAAUUGAUAGUACACAGGAAGUCAUUGAUGCAGUUUCAGUAGAAAGCAUUUUAAAAAAUUAGCGAUUAUCUUGGAAGUGGUAACUAUAGGUAAGGUGGUUGUUUGAGAGGCUGGUGAAGAUAAUUUCCAUCCCUCUGUAUUUUUUGCCUGUUUAACUGGAAUUUGGUUCCUAGAAUAUAGUUGCAGGAGUUGUACAUGCUUUUCAUAAUUUUUACCAAUAUAUUAUGUUGACACUGUACAAUUCAUAACUGAUAACUGAAUGUGUUUAAUUUGUUGAUUAUUGUAGAUGUGUGUGUAUAUAUAUAAGUGAUAGUAUUUUUUAUAGUUUCUAUUUAAUGAAGUCUUUCUGUCACAGUGCUUUAUUUCACAAUUACCAUAUUUGCUGACAUAUAAGACACUUCUUGUAAGUGGUGCUAAAAACUUCAUUGCAUCUUACACACACCAUUAUAUCCUCCACAUUGGAGUGAACAAUGAUAAUGAAAUUUUUAGAUAUUCAAACUAUGGUUAACAAGUCAUUUGUAAAUAAAUGCUUUUGUUACAAUUGAUAAAUAACAAAUUUUUUGUGUGCUGAACAGCUACUUUACAAGCAGAAGCAUAAUUCAGAAAAAAAUAUUUUCUAAUUCUUCAUUUCUAAACCAUUAUAUAUCAUAUACUGGUGUGUCUUGUAUACUGGGAAACAUGAUACUUUUAAGUUUUGUGAUUUGUCACAAGUAUUUGCUUAUGUAGAGCUUUUUGAUAUGGCUUAUAUUUGUAUGUAGUAGGUUUGAAGGUAUAUUAAAUACUUGUAUUAUUUGUGUGUCCAGUAUUGUAUAGGAGAUACCAUAAAGAAUGUGCUGCCAUUAAUGUAAUUUUGCACUUCACAGAAAUGAUGUUUUAUAGUAAUUAUACAAUAUUUUAGUGUGAUUCAGAAGUGGAUUUCAUGUCUGAUUUACAGCUUGACCAGUUAGUGUAGUAUUUGGUGACUUCUCCUGAAAAGUUACUUGAAAUAAUAAAGUAGAUUAAAUUUGAUGUUCUCAUAAUUUUGAAUAUUAAGAUUUAUAGCUUUCCCAGAUGUGUUGCAAUUUUGUUGAUGUGUACAAAAAUUUUGUGGCAGUUAUACAUCUGACUGACAUUCCAGAUGAAUGUAUUCCUUCUGACAAGGCACUGGAUGUCCCAAGAUGAUGAUUUUCCUCAGUACAUCUUGUAUAGUGUCUUAAUAUAGAUCAUGGCCAUUUCUGUGUCCUUUCCAAUCAUUCUUAAAAUGUAAAUAAUAAACCAACUUUAAAUAA